AUGUCGACUCCCGAUCGUGGCUGGAUUAUACUGGCCGUCUCAUGGCCGCUCUUUGGUUUCUCUGCGAUCCUGGUCGUGCUCCGCGUCUGGGUGCGUACCAGGAUAAUCAAGUCCUGGGGCUGGGAUGACCCGUUCAUCAUCCUUGCCCUGCUCUGUGCGACCAUCAACACAGCCCUCGCUACAAUGGCAUUUUACUACGGCACCGGCCGCCAUGCGAUCGAUCUGUCCCCGUACCAGCAGAUCCAGUCGACCAAGUACAACUGGCUCUCGCAGGGCUUCCACGUUAUGUCUACGAACUGGGGGAAGGUGUCCGUUGCGUUGUUCAUGCUGCGGAUCAGCCAGCGGGCUAAGCAUCAUCGUCCGGCGAUGUGCACUGGCAUUGCUGUACUGUCCAUUAUAAAUGUGGUCUGCGUGUAUACUAUCUACGGGCAGUGCACGCCGACAGCCAGACUCUGGGCUUCGGAUGUGGAUGGGUCGUGCUGGGAUCCGAAUAUUCAGAAGAACUAUGCAUUCUUCCAGGGCUCGGCAUCGGCGCUUUCCGAUUUACUCCUUGCAAUCUAUCCUCUAUUCACUAUCGGCCCGCUACAAAUGGCAAUCAAGGUCAAGAUCGGGCUGGGCUGUGUUCUAUCACUGGGCGUGAUUGCCAUGGUCGCUGCCAUAGUAAAAACCGUGAACCUCGCCGCUCUCUCCGGCCGAACCGACUACCCCUGGGAGACGGUCGACCUUACAAUCUGGAUCGCGGUCGAGCAAUACCUGAUCAUCAUAGCCGCGUGCAUCCCCACGUUAACCCCGCUGUUCAACAUCGUCGUCCGCAGGCGGACGACCAAGCGAAGCAGCUCGAAUAACAAGCCAUGCCAGACUCGCACUCACAGCGGGCAGUCGGGACAGCCUCGUAUCCAGAGGCCAUUUGCGAGCGGCGGAAAAGGGCCGCGUGAGCCUUGUGUAUGGACAACCAACGGGGAUAGCGACGAGGAACCUAUUAUUCUACCGGAGGAAACACGGGAGGGGAUUCUAAUGACUACUGAUAUCCAUGUUCAGAGUGGAUUUGAAGUGGAUCAUGAGCGGAUGGGGAAGGAAUCAGUAUAG